UACAGAUAAAAAGGAUAAGCCGGUGGAUAACCGGUGUAUGUUGUAUGUGCGUAGUUGGUAGACGUCGAGUCAGAAGAGCAGUGUAGAAGGGGAAGCAAAAUGUUUGCGGUUGUGUUUUACGUAGCUCUGUUAUUUGCUACUACAGACUCUGCUGUUAUAUUUUUUGGAAACUUUGAAAAUGAAGUGAACAGAAUUGAAGAUUGGGCAAGAGAAAAUGCUCAUGAAACAGAAGAAUGGGUGCAAAAUGAAGACAAAUUGAUAGAAAAAUGGGCAAAAGAAAAUUCUAAUGAAACUGUAGAGUGGGUUCAAGAUGAGACAAAAAUGGGAGAAAAAUGGGCAAAAGAAAAGUUGGAUGGAGCUGAAGAGUGGAUACAGAAUGAGGCAAAGACUGUAGAAAAAUGGACCAAAGAAAACUACAAUGAAGCUGAAAAAUGGGUAAAGAAUGAGAAAGAGAUUGGAGAAAAAUGGGCAAAAGAAACAUCAAAUGAGGUUGAUGGUUGGGCGCAGAGUAAACUAGUGGAGACUCAGGAAGUUGUGAAAGCUCUAAUGCCCAAGUUUAGUAGUGACAAAUGUGUGUGUUACCAUCAGACCUGUGGAUGUUGUGCCCAUGCAGAAGAACCAGAAAUACAUUUGAAUAGCACAGUUUGUGUAAAUGUAACGUACCUGUCAGAAGAUUAUGGCAUUUCUUUCACUGUUACACUAAACAACCACACACUUUACAAUGAAACUGUAUCAGUAAGAAAUCCUCCUCCGGUAUGUGUGGGAUUCCCUUACGUGAAGGAAUUGGCAGAUAUAUGUAUACGGCUGUAUGACAUAGACGCAAAGAGUCGUACAUUUCACGCUUGUGCACGUCUAGAAGCUCGUAUGAAAUUUAUCAUUAUUGCACAUUAUGAUCUUGGAUGUUUUACUAUUGGAUCAUCAUCUGUUGAGGAUUCAAAAAAAAAGAAUGGCUUAGGCACCCACCACCCAUCUGUAAUUCUGAUUUAAUGCAUAAUAACUUUUCUUUUAGAUGCAUGUAGUGGAUUUUUGUUACUGAAAAUAUCAUGACCUGUUCGUAUUGUCAAAGGAUUGUAGUUUUAGAUAAUGUUUACAUGUUUAAGUGACGGUUGUUUUGAAAUUUUGAAGUUAAUUUUAUAUUAAUACAUGAGAGCUUUAGUUUUGUUGGUGCUAAAUGAUUUGUUACGAAAUGUUUGAUUAUUGAUGUUACCAUUUUGAGUAAAUUUCUAUUAAGCCAAAGAGAAUGAAUUAUUGCUUCUCGUGAGACUAAUAUAUAAUUUUAUUGCGUGACUAGAUGAGCCAGUAUUUGCUACUAUGUCUUGAACUGUAAAUGCAAGUGAGGGAGGGAGGGAUGAUUCAAGCGAAAUAUUAAAGUUUAUUUGUAGCAUAGAAAAUUAAAUUUUUUUUCAUGUUUGAUACAGCAGUUGCUUAACGCAUUGAGAAUAAAUAACAGAUAUUUAUGUUUUCACAUAUUUUGAAAGAAAUUAAUAUAGAAGUCACCAAAAUUUCAGAUUGUUUUACGACUAAUUAUUACGAAACCUUAAUCAUUUACCCUCCAUGGCAAGACAAAUGUCCCAGUUUUACAAUAUUAAGAAUACAUUAAAUUAAUGAGGUACAUGUGUAACACAAGAACUCUACAAAUAAAAAUUUAAUGAUUUACAUGUUAAAAUGCUAUAUCUUGAAGUACGGAAUAUUUGAAAUAGUCAAUACUUGAUAACAAUAUCGGAUUUAUUUACACACUCAUUCAACUUCAGAAUGAUGAAAUUCACAAAUUUUAUACAAUGAUGUAAGAUGGUAAUCUCUGUAAGUUUUUGCUCUGAACAUAUCCAGUACCAAAACUGCAUUAUAGAGUUGAGCACAUGAGGAAAUUGUUGCAUAUUUUAAAUAAUCAAUAGGUUGGGGUGUUUGUCUACUUUCAUAUUAGUAUUGUAACAGGUGACUUCAUUCUCAAUAUUAAAGGUAUUCUGGUUUUCAUUCACAAAAUUCCUACAUAUUGACUGAGAACUUUCAUUAUUCCUAGUCAAGUAAGGACAGGUAUGCAGCGGCCCAGCUUUUUACGUAAUGUUAUAAUUGUAAUUGGUUUCUUCUGGAGCAAGAUGACACACUCUUUUGUAGCCUGAUGCUUGCCCCCCCCCCCCCCCCC